AUGACUGCCCUUCCUCCAGCCGAAGCCACGCAAAUAAGCAACCUGGAGCCAAACGCCAGCAGCGCCUAUAAUGUCUGCCUCGCCUUCGAACACGACGCCAAGACGGAAAAAGAUGUCGUGCGUGCAAGACUCCUCGGCUACUUAAUCCUCCACGCUCCUUCUCUCGACGCGCUCCAUGAAGUCGUUGAAAAAUACAAAGGGCGCACGCCUGACUAUUCGGAUCAUUCCGGUCAUCGUUCGCUCAUCAAAGACAAGAUGGAUCUGAUGACCGCAAUUCAAGAGGCACCGAAGGACCACAAGGAAGCGAAAAUUCAAGCCCUUAUCCGAGAUGGUUUUAAGUGUGUGGUGACCGGAAUAUACGAUAUGGAAGCAGAGGGAAUCCGAGGUAUUGAUCGAGAAGACAUACUCCGAGCAGGUUUGGUUUACACAGAAUGCACCCACAUUGUACCGGAGUCCACUUUUUUCGAUGUAUCACGCCCGAGCUCGCCCGAGAAGAAUGAUUAUUCCGCCUCAGUGUUGGCAGUGUUGAAGCAUUUUGGUUAUGAUGUCGAAAAACUGAAUGGUGCCAAGGUGCACUCUCUUGCCAACGUCAUGACGAUGCAGCACGAUGUGCGCGAGUGGUUUGAUCGUCUGGAGAUCUGUUUUGAGGCGACAACAGUCGAGAAUCGCUAUCAUAUCCAGACUUUCGGCCGGAUCCGCCACGUGCCCGCGACGGUAACGUUGAUGUCGUCCAACCCUACUACCCUUCCUCUCCCUUCUCCGAAAUUGCUAGCCCUGCAUGCGGCUUGUGCCAAGGUUGCCCAUCUCUCAGGUGCAGGUGUCUAUAUUGACAAGCUUGACCAAGAUCUGGAUGAUCUGGAUGUAUUGGCUGAUGACGGAGGAUCAGCCGACGUCCUGAAUCAUGCACUGUUGCGUUUGAUGACCGACUCUGUCAAUGUUGGAGCGUGA